AGAAAACCUAAAACCCAGUGUGACAGCAUUCGAGCGCAAGGGUUUAGAGUUUAGAGUUUAGAGUUUAGAAAGAGAAGUUUUGACAAAAAGCAAAUGUGAUUGAUUGUGAUAAGCGAAAUGAAUAGUUCAGUGCGUGGAGUGUUAAUGUUGAGAAGGGAUUCCUCUGUUUUGAAUCUCAUUGUUCGGUACUACGCCGCUCGCAAAUCCAAAUCCGUCUUCCCUCGGCCACCGGAAAUCCCCUUUCAGCCAAAGCUCUCUAACGCCGUCAACCUCAUCGGUCAGGUCCACUCCCCCAUUCAGUUCCAGACCUCUCACGACGGAAACCACGUUUGGGCUGCCACCGUUAUCACGCGCCAACACUCCCCUCUUUCGCCCUACCUCCAGAUUCCAGUUAUAUUCGAGGGUGAUUUGGCUCACACCGCCGUCGCCCAUCUCAAGCUUAAUGAUUUCAUCCACAUCGCCGGUCAUCUCACCGCCGAUCCACCGAACUUGCAACAUCCAACUCCGCCGCAAAUUAGUUUUCAGGUUAUGGUGCAAACCCUCAACUUUGUCCAAGGAAUUCCCCAACUCGACAAUGCAACACCCGCAAUUUCAAACAAGAAAACAUUUCCUUUCCCGGAAAGUGAGGAACACAAGGUCAACCCAUUGAGGAAGCAUGUCCAUGCCAAGAAAAAUGAGGAGCUUGACAUAGACAAAUCUUGGAAAGAUCUUCUUGAUAACCCCAUUGAAUGGUGGGAUCUUCGUUCUGCAAAGGAGAAUUCAGAAGGUGCAGCUUUUGAAAGAAAGACAGAUGGUGAAUUACUCUUUAUCAAUACCUCAACUCCCAAAUGGCUUAAAGAGAAAUUAGAGUCAAUGGCAUUUGAUUUGAAACCUGAACCAAAACACUCAAUAUCCAAUGCAAAGAAAAACCCAAGCACUUUGACGAGUUCUUGGACAGACCUUCUAGAUAAUCCGACGCAGUGGAGUGACUUCCGUGACAAAAAACUCAAAGGAUUGGUAAAUCCAAAGUAUCCUGAUUUCAAGCGCAAGGAUGGCAGUGUUUCUCUCUGGCUUAACAAUGCUACAACAUGGGUUUUACCUAAAUUGGAAGGACUUGAAUUUGGUUCACCGGUUGCUAAAUCCAAUAAAGCAAAGGACUUUAAAGGUGGUGAUGAGUCCUGGAAUGAUUUGGUGCAAAAUCUGUCUAAAUGGUGGGAUAAUAGAUUAGAUAAGAGGAAUGAAAAAGCUCCUGAUUUCAAGCACAAAGAAACUGGUAAAGCGCUGUGGCUUGAUAAUUCACCAAGUUGGGUAUCAUCAAAGUUGCCACCCGUGAAGCCUAAACAAAGACUUGAAUUUGAUUCACCGGUUGCUAAAUCCAAUAAAGCAAAGGACUUUAAAGGUGGUGAUGAGUCCUGGAAUGAUUUGGUGCAAAAUCCGUCUAAAUGGUGGGAUAAUAGAUUAGAUAAGAGGAAUGAAAAAGCUCCUGAUUUCAAGCACAAGGAAACUGGUAAAGUGCUGUGGCUUAAUAAUUCACCAAGUUGGGUAUUAUCAAAGUUGCCACCCGUGAAGCCUAAACAAAGUGUGGAAACUGGCAGGAAACAGACACUGGUUUCAUAAUCAAUAGAAAGAGAAGUGGAGAAUGGAGUCAUUUACCAACCUGGAUAUAUCUUC